AUGUCGGAUUUCUCGCGUUUCAGUAAGCGAACGAGAGGCCAAUGGGCUCAAUCACCCACUAUCCCAAUUCUCACAGCUCUCUUUUCGGUGCUGGGUCUUGCCGUUGUGGGUGCGGGCCGCGUACUCUAUAAUCAGGAUAUCUCCAGUCUCGUUGCUAUGCUUCCCUACUGGCACACAACCGGCGGCAGUCGGUUUCUGGCAUUCUGCUGCGCGUGCCUCUGGCUGCUCGUGCAAAUAUCCUGUGACCUCUCAGCCAACUCGGGGCCCUUUGGUCACGACACUAUGGCAAUUCGACCCAGGUGGCUCAAUGUGCGCCGAGGAAGCAUGUUAUGCCUGUGCCUCGGUACGUGGGCGAUGGUGCCGUAG